AUGUCUGUCACCCUGCACACCGACUUAGGAGAUCUAAAGCUGGAGCUCUUCUGCGACCGGUGCCCGAAGGCGUGUGAGAACUUCCUCGCCCUCGCCGCCAGCGACUACUACAAUGGCUGCCAAUUCCACCGCAACAUCAAGGGCUUCAUGACGCAGACGGGCGACCCGACGAACACCGGCAAGGGCGGCCAAUCGAUCUGGGGCGGCAAGUUCGAGGAUGAGAUCUGCGAGGAGCUGCGCCACGCCUACCGGGGCGUCGUGGCCAUGGCCAACAACGGCCCCAACACCAAUGCCAGCCAAUUUUACAUUACCUACGCAAAGCAGGCCCACCUCGACCUGAAGUACACCGUCUUUGGGAAGGUCAUCGACGGCCUCGACACGCUGGAUGAUCUGGAGAAGGUGCCCGUCAGUGGAAAGGCCUUCCGACCGGUCAAUGACGUCCACCUCAACUAUGUGACCAUUCACGCGAAUCCCUUUGCCGAUACGAGCUUGAUGGUGGGCACGACGGCGGACUAA